GCCACUGAACUUCCCGCGCCUCCAACCAAAAACACAUAUUUCUCUCUCUGUUUCCUCCCUCCUCCCUCCCCGCGACGACCUGCGCUCCUCCCUCUCCGACGCCCUCCUCCCUCUCCAACGACGCCCUCGUCGCUUCCCGCGACGACGCCCUUCUCCCUCCUUGAGAUUACUGAUUACUGCUUACUGCUCAUCUAACCAAUUCCUUUGCAGGGUCUUUGAUUAUUUAUUAACCAAUUUCUUUGCAGGACCUUACGCAUCUGUUGUCUCUUCUGAGAAUGAUGAGGUCGAGAAUGAGAUUUCGGGCCCCGCUUCGAGAAGUCGGAUCCACAGUUUUCAUCCCUCCUCUUCGAUCCUCCUCUCUUCCGAAUCCGCUGUCGAGACAGAGCAGUGCCGACAGAUUCAUACCAAAUCGAUCCGCUAUGGACUUCGACUACGCCUACUACGCCCUGCAACCCCAUCCAAAGAACCGAGAAAAGGAAAACAACUCAUCAGCGACUGCAACCACAUCCAAAGAAGCCUACAGAAAACUCCUAGCUGAGACCCUCCUCAACAACCGAACCCGAAUCCUAGCCUUCAAGAGCAAACCCCCAACCCCUACUGAUGGCUUCUUAUCGGGUACAACAUCUGACCCGUUAACCUCCUCCUUUCACCUAACCAAACCGAAACAAAGAAGAUACAUUUCUAGGACUGAAGAGAGGGGAUUGGAAGCUCCUGAUCUUGUUGAUGAUUAUUACCUUAAUCUUCUUGAUUGGGGAAGUAGCAACGUGCUCUCGCUUGCACUUGGAAAUACUGUGUAUUUGUGGAAUGCUUCGAAUGAAUCGGCAUCUGAGCUUGUGACAAUUGAUGAGGAUGUUGGUCCUGUGACCAGUGUUAGCUGGGCUCCUGAUGGCCAGCAUAUUGCUGUGGGGCUGAAUAAUUCUCAUAUUCAGUUGUGGGAUUCGACCAACAGUCGACUGCUAAGAACAUUGAAACGAGUCCACAGAUCUCGGGUCGGCGCUCUCGCCUGGAACAAAAACAUCCUGACAACCGGAGGAAUGGAUGGAAAAAUUGUAAACAACGAUGUCAGAAUCCGAUCACACGCCAUCCAAACUUACCGAGGACACACCCUGGAAGUCUGCGGCCUUAAAUGGUCAGGCUCCGGCCAGCAACUCGCCAGCGGAGGCAAUGACAACCUCCUCCACAUCUGGGACCUCUCAAUGUCAUCCUCAAGUCCACCUCCAAACCAAAACCAAUAUGUUCAUCGCUUCGAAGGUCACAUGGCAGCGGUCAAAGCCCUAGCUUGGUGCCCAUUUCAAAGCAACUUACUAGCUUCAGGUGGAGGUGGAAGUGAUCGAUGCAUAAAAUUUUGGAACACUCGCACUGGGGCUUGUUUGAAUUCAAUAAAUACCGGGUCACAGGUUUCCUCGCUGCUUUGGAAUAAAAAUGAGAGGGAGUUAUUGAGCUCUCACGGGCUUACUCAGAAUCAGUUGACGUUAUGGAAGUAUCCUUCGAUGCUAAAGAUGGCAGAGUUGACUGGGCAUACUUCCAGGGUUUUGUUUAUGGCCCAGAGUCCUGAUGGAUGCACUGUCGCAUCGGCGGCUGGAGAUGAGACAUUGAGAUUUUGGAAUGUUUUUGGAACUCCUGAAGAUGCGAAGCAUGUGCCUAAGGAGAACCCAAUGCCCUUCAGUAGUUAUAAUCAUAUUAGGUAAAACAGGACAUUAGUUCAAUUGUAAUGUAUAUUGUUUUGUAAUGUAUAUUGUUUCAAGACAUUAGUUCAAUUGUAAUGGUAAUUUUGUACAAUUUCUCAUGUUACACAAUUAACCUUUUGGAGA